AUGGAGGCCAUGUCGGCUUUGUGGGAGAAGCUAUCGCUCACGGAAUCAGAAGGGAGUAAGUAUGCCGUGAAGGAUGAACCCAUUUUGGGUGAAUACCUUCUGGCCGCAAAGUUCUUUACCAGGCGAAUUCUUAGUCCGGCGGCGAUUGCAAAAACUUUUAAAGUGGUCUGGAGGACUAAAAAAGGUUUUGAGGUGAGAGACAUGGGUAAUCACCUAGUGAUCUUCUCCUUUUUCGAUUCCUCAGAUGUGGCGAGAGUUAUGCAGGGAGAACCUUGGUCUUUUGACAAGCAUUUGGUGGCCAUCAGACCAAUGGAAAGGCACGAGGAUAUUACUUCCCUGGAUUUUAGCAGAACCUGCUUCUGGGUUCAAUUUCAUGGGCCUUCUAUUGGAAGUAUGUCUCAUAAGACAGCAAUGGAGAUAUGUUCGGUAGUGGGAGAGGUGGAUGAUAGUGCGAGCGGUAACGGGGAUAGAAGGGAGUUCAACUUCCUUCGAGUGCGGAUGAUUGUCAAUAACUCACAACCCCUGUGUCGAGGACGACGGUUAUCUUUGGCAAAUGGGAAAGAAAGCUGGGUUCGUUUCAUGUACGAACGACUCCCAAACAUCUGCUAUUGGUGCGGAAGGCUCACUCACAGUGAUAGAGAAUGCUCUUUAUGGAUACGCAGCAAUGGGACACUUAAGGAAGAUGAUAGGCAAUUUGGUGCAUGGUUACGUGCGACGACUCCAAAUCCAUCACGCAGUAAGGUGAUACGAGUGGCGGGUUUCGAGGAGGAGUUUCUUCGCACCGACCAUAAUAUCGGUACGGAUGAUGCUUCCGACAGUGCAGAGUUGACUGGUAGGAGUUGGGGAAACGUUCCGGCACCAUCUGCUCCGGCGAUGGCCACGACCGGGGCUCUUCAUAGGGCUGAGGUGGAGCACAACGUUGGAGUUGACUCUGAAAUUCCUAGUUUGGAAAGGGCGGGUGUUCAGGGGGUAACAGAUGACACUCAAUCAAUUCCGAGUAAUGAGUUUUCCUUACGUGGUGAUUCAAAUUUAGAAAAGGGGCAGAGUGACGUUACUUUCCAAAAACAGUUGGCGGAUAUUGAUUCUGAGUUGGCAAAAUUUGAAGUGGAAAUGGGCCCGAGUACCUUGGUUACUAAUGGGCCGAGUGCUAAAGUAAGUGAUGGUCCUUCAUUGGCUAACGGCCCAGCCCUUACUUAUGGGCUCACAAAAUCUCCAAUUCAGCAACAAGUGAAGGUUGGGAAUAAGAUCGUUUUUUUUGACCGACUCCAGCAGGGUAGUUCUAGUGAUAAACCUGCUAUUUGUCAAAGGGUAUACACGGCAAGGAAUAGAAAACACUCAGAGAGUUUGCUUGAAGAAUCAGAGGAUGGGAGGCGACAAAAGAAGGAAGCCAUGGACUUACCGAAAUCAACGACGGAGGCUAGCCACCAGCCCCGCCGAUAUCAAUGA